GGUCACCUGAUUCACAUGAGAAAGAGACUUAACAGGUAUUCGUUGGUUACAGUAGAUGUUUAGGCUUCAAUAAUUUGCAAGAGCAGAAGUGGAAAGAUUCUUCAAGGGAAUGCUAUUUUAUCCAUCUAUACAUACUAAAAGUUAUAUUUCAAGAGCAAGAGGCUGAUCAAUUCGAUUCAGUUCACGAAGGUAGUAUAUUAUUGGUGCGUUAACUUCAACAAUACUACCAACCACCCACUAAUAAAAGAAAAAUAUCAAAAGAAACUCCUUGACUUUCUAAAGAAAUAUUCUUGCACUGAACUGGACGAUUAAUCACUUAACUACUAAAAUGGACGAAGAGGAAGCGCUCGAGUGUCCAGUCUGCUUCGAGAGUUAUGACAACGCCGGUAAAACUCCAAAAAUGAUGCCAUGUCUGCACACAAUUUGCGUAUCGUGCAUUUUAGAUUUAAUUUCUGGAAAUGCACGUAACACGACUGCUGAAUAUCAAACCAAGGAUUCCAAAGAACCUGUCAUCCCGUCUGGAAAAACACUCAUGUGUCCUUUAUGUAGGGAGAGUAUCGGCAGUAAUAGGAUACAGACCAACAGGUACAUUUUGGCUCAUCUACGAGACAAACAUCGAUUGCAGUCUCAUUCUAUUUCUGUCAAUGCUGACGAAAGCAAUUCUGUACAACGGGUCGCUGGAGUGGCAGUUCCAUCGUCUUCAUCCACUUUGCAGUUAAGGGUCCAACCAACAAUAAUAAUCAACGAGUCAAGGGGACCAAUAUUUAAAAAAGUGAAGGAAAAAAGACAUCUCAAGAAAGACAGGAAAACAGCCACUCCACGUAUCAUAAUUAAAAGAAAGGCAGGCGUUGAAGGCAAUAUUCCAUGUGGAACCUUCUCACGUCCAACUCAAAACAUCCCAACAACCCCAGUAGCAGGCCCUCCACUGAUCUACCCUAAACUUCCUCCUGCUACUACUCUACACCAGCGAAGUCCAAGCGAGCAGAGAGCUGUGAUGAAAAUAAUAGGGAUGAACACUCCAACCAUUUCUGAAGGUGAUUUCAUUAACACCAAUGAUAGUCCUUAUCAUUUUCAACCAGAAUCAAAUAGUGAGUACACUUCCCAACUAACUCCCUCUGCCCCAGAAGAUAUGAGUGAAAUGUGGUGCAGAACGUGUGACGAGCCUGGAAAGUCAGAUUGCACAUACCAUGAUCUGAUUCCCAUAUUAAAGGAUGAGGAAGUGAACUGGAUUCAGACACAACUGAGAGGGGGAGAGACGGAAAUAGACCAAGAAAGAAAUAUUGCUCUCUCAGCAGCUAUGAGCAAAGUUACACUUGGAUCCAAUGCUCUAUCUGAGGAUGUUGCAAGGAUAAGUGAGCACCACCGGAAAACUCCUUCCCAAGUGCCGAACAUGAGUCGAUGGAGCUAUGCUGAAAUACGAGACACAGUCAACACUUCAUGCCAGCCGGAGGUAGUGAUGGAAUGUUAUAGAGAACUAGACAGGCGUCGAAGUGAAUACCAAAGAACCAUAGGGAAAAAAAAGGCACUGCAUAUGUUUUUAAAGUUACAUUCGUAACGACUAAACUGUUACGAACAAUUUGGUAAAGGUCCGGGAUGGAAUUUUAUGAAAUUUGUGAUAAAAAUAUAUUCUUCAAAAAAUACAAUAACCCUAUAAGUUUAGUUUCUUUUAAAAGGUGUAUGGCAAUUGAUAAAUAACCUAUCAUGAUUAGCUUUCUGCAAAUAAAUAUAUUCUGCAGUUGUAAUCCUCUAAUGGAAAAAGAAGUUUUUUUUAAAUAAAAGCAAAGUUAUUUCUACUAUGCUUCCCUCAUGGUUCCUUUUUACCCCUCCCUAUUGGUAGGAUAAUCUUAUUUUUAACUAUGUACUAAAUAUACUCUACCCAGUAAGUAA